AUGACACAAGAAAACAUAUCAUCUCCUUUUAGAUUUAUUAUUAAAGAUAAACAUGAUCGAAAAAAUAUAUACAAACAACACUCCAAAUCAUUUAAAACUUUACUUAACAAUGAAGCAAAUAAAAGUUAUAUAUCAAAAGAUCUUAAAAAUUUAAAGUUUUUAUUCAUUAAUAAUACAAAUAUAACCCAUGAAAAAUCGGAAAACUUAAAUAAAUUUAUACGCAUUCAAAAAUUUAGAAACAAAAAACAUAUUUUGUGUAGCAAAGAAAAACAAAAAUUUGAUAAUAAAUUCAUUAAACACAGAAAAAGCUUCAAUGAAGAUAUUAUUCAGUCAGAUGAAGAGUUUCCUAUUAUGUCUACAAACAUUAAUGAUAAUUAUGAUAAAAAAGAACUAAAAAAUCCAUUUUUAAUAUACAAUUCAAACAAAAUUAUAGAAAAAAACAUAAAUAAUCAUUUUAUACCAUAUAUUUUCUCAAACUUCAAACAAACAACUCUAAAUAUGAAACCAACAUUUUCAUUCAUAAAAACACUUAUGUUACCUCCAUGUGAUAAUAUAGUAGAAAGAAAAGAACCUUUAUUAAACUGGACACCAUCAAAAAAAAAGAACUUUCCAUUUUUAGAAAAAGGUAUUGCAAAAAUGAUUCUAGAAUGGGUAAUAGAAUAUCAAUCACAAAAUACUUUACAUAAUUAUUCUAAUACAAAAAUAAAAGAACAUAUAUUUAUAAUCACAGAAACAAAAAAAGACAGAAACAUGAACAAUAUAUACUUUUAUGGUUAUGAAAAGUUCACAGAAAAUAUUAAAAUACUAUUUCUUUUAACAGGAAAAUACUUAAGUCAAAACGAAAUUAACGAGGGAGCAUUAUUGUCAUUGUACGAACCAAUAAUUAAUUUUCAAAAUACUUUUUCUCGAGACAUUAUUAUAUGUACUCAUUGGUCUCAUAAAAAUUUAGAAUAA